CAAAGCUGCUCGUUAACAGAAGAAGAAGAACGGGAUUUGUUUAUAGACACAUAUUAGCUGUUAGCUAGCUUAAGCCUUUUUAAAAUUUAUAUAUAAAUAAAUAAUAGGAAUUUGUUGAAAUAAUAAUAAUAAUAAAGGGUUUGGGUUAUUGUCGGUGAGGCGGAAUGAUGAAGCGGCAGAGUGUGCGGGUUACAGAGCAGAGAUCUGCAGCGAUAGCCGGAUAGAGAGAGAGAGAGAGAGCGCGCGGGGGUUAGCGGGUCAUUAAGAGCGGUUUGAUCAGUAAAGCACUGAUUAGUGGGCGGGGCGGGGCGGGGUUUAUAUGAACCGGGCCGAACAUGUCUUUAGUGGCCUACGACAGCAGCGACGACAGCGAGCGCGAUGAUCCGAGUCCGGAGACCCGCAGCUCGGGGAAACCCGGCGGCUUGUUCGCGUCUCUGCCGGCGCCCAGGCGCUCCGAGCCCGCGGGGGGGAACCUGAAGUCCGGCCCGGAGCUGCCCCGAGCCAAGAAGCGCUCAGAACCGGUCCGGAUCAGCGCUCCGGAGAUCCGAGCGGACAGCUCAGAUGAAGAUGAUGAACCUGUGAGAAAGAAAGUGGGAUCACAGGGUGGUGGUCUGUCGUCUCUCCUCCCCCAACCCAAACACCUGAGUGUGAAGGAAACGCAGCGCCCCCUGUUGCCCCACACCCUCACUAAACGCCCCGCCCCUGCUGCUCACGCCAAAGGGACCAAGCCGGCAUCUCAGGGCGUGUCUGGGACGAGUCCGUCUCCCUCGGCCAUUAAAGCAGCGGCCAAGUCGGCGUCGCUGCAGUUCGCUCGGCAGAUCGCGGCAGACGAAGAGGGCAGUGACGACGAGCUCGCCCCCGAGAACUACUUCUCCCUGUCAGAAAGCUCGUCAGAACCGGCAGUCGGAGCGUCAUAUCCUGACCUUCAGCCGUACGCUCCUGCUCUACAGCCUCCUCCCAGCGCCGAGGACGCGCCGCUUGACUUCGGCUGCAGCGCAGAGUCCCAGCCGAGGCCAGCGUGGGGCGCUCACGAGUACCACACCGCCGAGUAUCAACCGCAAGACCACAAACCCAGCGCUCAGGAUUAUUACAGUGAGAGUUUCUAUCAGGAGCAAAACUCCGGCUUCACCGAGCAGGACGAAGCCGAAUCUUCCACGCUGUUCAACGAUGAAGCAUUCCGCAGACUGCAGGGCAAACAGAACCGAGGGAAAGAGGAGAUAAAGUUCUUGGAGAUUAAAGGUGACGAUCAGCUCAGCGGCCAUCAGCAGUGGAUGAUGAAGAACAUGACGAUGGAGACGGAGCCGCGCAGGUCCUUCAGCAAGAAAAAAGGGGAUCAGCCGACAGGACAACAGAGACGCAAACACCAGAUCACAUAUCUGAUUCAUCAAGCGAAGGAGCGAGAGUUGGAGCUGAAGAACAGCUGGUCUGACAAUAAACUCACUCGCAGGCAAACUCAGGCCAAAUAUGGCUUCUAGAAGAUCCGCAACUGUGUCUCUCUCUCUCUCUCUCUCUCUCUCUCUCUCUCUCUCUCUCUCUCUCUCUCUGAGUGUGAGUGUGUUAUUUGUGUUGGGUUGAGAUGGACGUGUUGGUCUGAGUCAUUUCGGCGCUGAUUGAGAGAAAGCUCCAUCACUUUAUGUAACAUGAGAUGAAAUCUGAAACAUCCAGGUGUGCGUGCGUGCAGACACAUGUUCAUUUACCUAAAGGCUCAAAUGUACCAGAAGUUGACCCCACCCACUCACUCCUGUUAUUCUGACCCACAUCUCUCUCACACACACACACACGGGAAGUGUCUGGCCUCCGGCUUAGCACCAAACCUGUGUGUGUGUGUGCACACUUCUAAUGUACAAACCCCGCCUCCAGACUUUAGGCCACGCCCCUAUGGUGUUGGUUUGCAGUGAUGCCACAUCUGAACUGGUGGCUUUACACUUCACUUCAUUAGAACAGUUUAGUUUUAGGCUGAAACACUCCCUCAUAUUAAAUAAUCAGCUCCUGUUUGAGCUCCUCGGCAACAGAUCUGUGGAGUGUGUGUGUGUGUGUGUGUGUGUGUGUGUAGUAAGUCAGUAAUACUCUGUAUAGCAGUUUGUUUUUAACGUGAAGAAACUCACAAUACAAUAAAGAGAUAAAGUGUGAAA